AUGAAAAAUAAUUCUUCACAAAAUUUCAAAGAUAAAUCUUGAAGCCAGUCUUUAAGAUCCCCUAAAGCUAAAACUGAGGCUCCUUCUAAGAUUUGUCCUAAAGAACUAGAGCAUAAAAGACGCUUAUUCCUUCAUCCUUGAUCAAAUGAUUCUAUCAAAAAUUUCCUGAAAUUGGUAAAUUAAAUUCAGCAUCGAUCGAACCAUUUUUAUAUUUAAAAAUAAAUCCAUCCCACAGCCCGCAAAGACUUUAAUUCCCGAUCUUUAAUUAUAUAAUAAUCAAAAAGCAGUUUUAAUGUGAUUUAUAGCACUUGCUAAAUAUAUUGCAUACUUUAUCUCUUCCUAACUCAAGCACAAAAAUAUCAAAAUAAGUAAAAUUUUUAUAUUAGCUGGUAUAUAAUUUUUCUAAAUCUCAUCCUUAAUUAGGCAAUGGCGAUCGGUUCGACCAAAAUUAGAGGAGUUAGAGUUCUACUUGAUUGAAAAAAAUCGUAAAAGGGCUGCAUCAAAUUUAGAUUUCAACAGUAUAAGCUCCUUAACUUCUGCAAGGUGCACGCCAAAAUAUAUCAAUCAGGAUUUCCGGAACAUUAAAACCAGCCAAAAUUCUCUUACUCCUAGAAGCUGCCACACAGAAAGAGACGACACCGAUUUAUUAAAUGAAAAAUCGAAAGAAUAUGAAACUGUAUAUGAAAAGCUAAAAAUGUUUUACGAAGACAUUAUCGAAAGACAAGCUGCUGAUCUAGCUGAAAUAAAAGCAGAAAAUUUCUAUUUAACUAAUAAAUUGAAAGCAGCAGAAUCAGAUUUCAAUAAAUUUGAUAAAGAAUUGGCCAGCUCAGAGGUCAGCACACACUUAAAGUCUGAUGAAGACAAUCUAAACUUUUUCAGCAACGUAGCAUAUUAUAAAACUAAAAUAGAAGAAGCAGAAGAGAGGAUGGAAAAUCAAAGAAGCGAGUUUUUAGAAGUUAUUACUAAAUUAAAAGCAGAGAAUUUAAGGCUCAAAAAUAAUGCCUAG